UAUAUUCUAAGUACCCAAACGUGUAUUUCCUUUAUGUCAGUUGGUGUUACGUAAAGCCAAGUGAACUCGAAUGUUAUUGUUUUACUAUGUUAAAUAUUGUUUAUUGUAUUGAAUUUCAACAAUGCCGCGCGAGAAAGAUCCAGUGUGGUCAUACUUUAGUUGCACUAAGACAAAAAAUACUGGGUUAUGGGCUCGGUGCAAAAAAUGUAACAAAGAGAUGCAAGGAAUAAUAAAUAGAAUGAAAUCUCACGUUAAAGUAUGUCAGCCGCAAGUAAAGAUAACAGAACCAGAUUCCCAGCCAUCAACCAGUUCCAGUUCAGUUCAGCCUCAGUCACAACUGACUAUAGUGCGUCAAAACACAGGCAAAACAAUAGAAGUUAGUGAGGAAACUGGAAGUGGCCGAAAGCAGUUACCUACACAAUCGAAAAUACUAUGUCUUAAAAAUUCCGAAGUCAUAACUACAACCAAGGAAUAUAAACAAAAAAUUGAUAUGCAGGUCGGAAAAUACUUUUACGCGACUAACACUCCAUUCAAUCAUGUUGAACACGAGGAGUUUAAAAAAUUGUGCGCUCUUUUACGGCCUGGGUAUAGACCUCCAUCAGCAUAUGAAAUAGGCAAUCCCAUUUUAGAAAAAAAAUAUGCUGACACAAUGUCUAUAUGCAAAGAAAAACUUAGGAAUCAAACAGUUUGCAUGUCUCAGGAUGGCCAUCGCACUAAAAGCAAUGGCUAAAGCUAAGCAGGAAGUAGGCGUUACUGUUAGAAGUUUUGUCACAGACAGUGCUGCAAAUGAACGAUUAAUGCGGAGUCAUCUUGAGAAAACUGAAGACGUGGAUAUAAUACAAUAGGGAUGUUCAGCUCAUAUCUUAAAUCUUUUGGCUAAAGAUUUGGGAUCCCUGCCACAUCGAUUGUCAAAGUAAUAAAAUACUUUCGCAACCAUCACAUUCCAGCAGCUCUAUAAAAACAAGCAGGCGGUAAAAAGUUAGUCCUCCCUUUAGAAGUACGAUGAAACACGAUGAACGACGCUAUUCGCUCGUAUCUGGACAAUAGAGGAAUUUUAGUUCAAGUUAGCCCAAGACCAUAAAGACAAAAUCGAUAGGGAGGUUAUAAAAAUUGUAAAUGACUGUCAGAUUACAAUGAAUGCUGUAGAUUUCCUUAAAACAUUAUCACCCAUUGCAACAGCUCUCGACAGGAUGCAACGUAAUACUACCACAAUAGCUAUAGCUGUUGAAAUAUGGAAUAAACUCGAGGUUGACCUGUUGGGUAACAGUGCAUACCAAAGUGCCAAAACAAAGAAAGUCUUUUUGAGCCGCAGAGCAAUGGCGCUGCAAGGCUUACAUUACGCUGCGAAUAUGAUAGAUCAUAGGUUCCUUGGUCGAAGCCUAAACAAUGAACGGAAAAAACAAGCGUAUGACUUCAUAAUUGCUGUAGGAGUUGAUGAAAACUUCGCUCCUUUCAUAAUGGCACUAACAGCAAAAUCUCACCCUUUUCCCAAAUCCACGUUUAGCGAAUCGUUCAAGAACACCUGCCCUAUGUUGUGGUGGACUUCCGUGACUCUAGAAGAUGAAGAGAGAUGGCCACAAAAAGAAAAGUUCAUAAA